CUGGCUCGCAGCAACAGAAGCGAGGCAAAAAUGGCGUCGCUCCAGACGCUGCUCCCAGCUCCGACGCAAUCAGUUUUCGACCGAGGCGAUGAAGAACGCGCGAGGAAACACGCCGCCCCUUCGACGCACCUCGCACUCACAACUCGAAGCGCACCACCGUACGGUCUCCGCAAAGGUUGGGUCCCCAGGAACCUCGAAGACUACGGCGAUGGCGGUGCCUUCCCCGAGAUCCCGGUCGCGCAGUACCCGAUGGACAUGGGCAAAAAGAAAGAAAAACAGACCUCGAACGCUCUGCCCGUCCAGAUCGACGCUCAGGGAAAGAUCAAGUACGACGUCAUAGUGCGACAGGGCCAGUCAAAGGACAAGGUGAUCUACCAUCGCUUCCAGGACCUGCUCCCCUCGGAGAUCACCACCGAUGACGACCCCACGCUACAGAAGCCCGACGAAGAAGAAAUCGAGAAGACAACCGAGGAGACCCGUCUUGCUCUCGAGAAGCUGACUCAGUCCAAGAUAUCGGCGGCAAUGCCGGUCCGCGCCGCUGAGAAGACGGCUCCUGCCCAGUAUAUCAGGUACACGCCUUCCCAGCAGGGCAUGUCCUUCAACUCCGGUGCCAAACAGCGCAUCAUCCGGAUGGUCGAAGUCCAGAAGGACCCCAUGGAACCUCCGCGCUUCAAGAUCAACAAAAAGAUUCCGCGCGGGCCGCCGUCUCCGCCGGCGCCCGUAAUGCACUCGCCGACCCGUAAGGUAACCGUCAAGGAACAGCAAGAGUGGCGCAUUCCGCCCUGUAUCUCCAACUGGAAGAACGCCAAGGGCUACACCGUUCCCCUGGACAAGAGGCUGGCGGCCGACGGCCGCGGCCUGCAGCAGGUCCACAUCAACGAGAACUUUGCAAAGCUCGCGGAGGCCCUCUACAUAGCGGACAGGAAGGCCCGCGAAGCGGUCGAGAUGCGGUCCCAGCUGGAGAAAAAGCUAGCCCAGAAGGAGAAAGAGAAGAAGGAGGAGCACCUGAGGCAGUUGGCGCAAAGGGCCCGCGAGGAGCGCGCCGGCAUCCGGACCCAGGCGGCCGUGGCCGACGAAGACGUGCGGGAACGAGACCAGCUCCGCUACGAGCGCCACAAGGACCGCCAGCGGGAGCGCAACAUCGCCCGGGCGGCCCCGGACAAGAGGUCCAAGCUGGAGAAGCAGCGGGAGAGGGACAUCAGCGAGCAGAUCGCCCUGGGCAUGCCCGGGGCGCGGCCUUCGGAGGUCCAAUUCGACCAGCGGCUCUUCAACCAGAGCAAGGGCCUGAGCAGCGGGUUCGGCCACGACGACGCAUACGACGUGUACGACAAGCCGUGGCGCAACGCGCAGACCAACGUGUACCGACCCAAGAACACGGGGGACAAGGAGGUGUACGGCGAGGACCUGGAGAAGCUGAUGAAAACGUCGCGCUUCGUGCCGGACAAGGAGUUCUCUGGCACGGAUCGGUCGGCCAAGCGGGACGGCCCCGUCCAGUUCGAAAGGAGGAUCGAGGAGGAGGAUCCCUUUGGGCUGGACAAGUUCUUGACAGAGGCCAAGAAGGCCAGCAAGAGACCGUCAGACGACCAAGAUCACCACAGGGACAAAGGGAAGCGGCGGAAGGACUAGUGGCAGGGACAGGGACGGAUGUCCUAUGGACAUCCCAUGGGACUUUCGCAUUUGCAUGGACGGCUUGGAGUGUGGCCCACGCUGUCAGAGCUGCUGUGUGUCACAUGAUCCUUUGUUUUGUAUCCUGCAAUGUGUGCUUGAAAGGCUCCUGUUUAUGGCAUUGAUCGUUGUUCCUUUUUUUUUUUUUUUUUUUUCCGAUCAUGUAAAGAGUUGAGUGAUGCUUGAGAGGCUUCUGUCUAUAUCGUCAAUGUUUUCUUUCGUCAGGUCGUGCGAGGACGGUUGAAUAUCGAUCUUGUCUUUUGUCCACGGUAUCCUUCAUUCAACCUUUUUUUUUGCACCUUGUACAGUACCAUAAGCAUGUAUAAUGUCAUGCAUGGUUUGCACAAUAAACAAUUAAGAGGAUGUCACA